AUGGACGAGGUGGAACUGUAUUCGUGGCCGACGAGGCAAGAGUACAUGGCACCGGAGGACAGGCCCCUGGAGCCGAUGAGGAAGGACGCGCCGCCAUCGCCGCCAUCCUCUGCCAUCUUGGAAGGUGCCCAAAGUGCUGCAUCUUCGCUCAUGCAGGUGUCCAGCACAAGAAGGGAAAGACUGGAAACUCACCCCAAGAAAGCAGAGGAGCCAGCAGAGGUCAAGUCCAAGCCUACAAAGAAAGCUCCAGGUGCAGUUAAGCCGAAGCCGAAAGCUCGCUCAAGCGGCUUCAAAACUGCAGGUGCUGGGGACAAGGAGCCUCUUCCAAGCCCUCACGAAGAGAUCGAGUUUGUUCAGCAGAACCCCAAGAAGGCAGGCGGGAAGGGCUUCGAGCGCUACGAGCUUUACAAGAAGGCCAAAACCAUCGCUGAGGCGAGAGCUGGCGAGAGCACAUACUCGGAGCAAAUAGCGAACCAUCUGCAGAGAGCACUCCGGGCGCUGGGUGCCGUGCGGUGCCGCACACAGUGCAUGUUGAUGCUGUCACUUCAAACCAUCCGGGAUCAUCCGGGGUGCGAUGCGGUCAAGUCGGGGGCCGCGCCUAAACGACGUUUUAUCUCCCGAACACCGUGGAUCGGAGCUUGUUGCCUUACCGUUUGUUUCCAAGCGUCUACCAGCGUCGUGCGGGUGCCAGGAUCUCUGAUCUUGGUGCCCUUCUGCUUCCACAGGACGAUUCGCACUGAUUGCGAAUCGCACGCCUGGGCUCAUUGUUUCAUUUCUGAUUACGACAGCAGCUGUCGGCAGGCCUUUUGUUUCCAUUGUCACAGUUUCAGAAAUUUAGCGAAUUCUUGA